GCCGGUUCUUUGAUGAAAAUGAAUCCCCUGUUGAUCCGCAACAUGGCUCUAAACUGGCGGAUUACAAUGGGGAUGAUGGUAACGUAGGUGAGUAUGAGGCAGACAAGCAGGCUGAGCUGGCUUACAAUGAGGAAGAAGAUGGUGAUGGUGGAGAGGAAGACGUCCAAGAUGAUGAAGAACGAGAGCUUCAAAUGGACCCUGCAGAGUAUGGAAAGCAACGUUUCAAUGAUGUCCUUUAAAUCCUAAAGGAAAAACAGAAACCCUAAAUUGCUGUACAAUGGAAUCAUUUCUACUUUGUCAAUUUGACUUUUGUUGUAAAGCUCAGUUGUAUCAGUUGUAAAGAUACAUUGAGAUUUAAGGAAAAAUUUUAAUGGAGGAUGUACCCAUGUACAUAUGUGAACUUUUUCAUACUGUAUUAUCAAAGCAGAUACUUUUUUGGUUAUGACACAGCUGAGCCAAAAACAGUUAAUCUUUGCAUUUAAAGCAAACUAAUGUAAAUUUCACAUUUUAUUAAGCCUAGUUUUUUUUUUCACAAAUAGACAAGCAGGAGAAAAUGGUUGUACAGGUUAUAUGUUGCACAUAGUGUAGCCACAGUGAGAGCGGUUAUUCAGCUGAACAUUUUUAGGCACUAAUAUAUCCCUGUUACCCCAAUAGGUGUUCUCUUCUCUCUACCCCUCAUUCAAUGCUCUUCAAGGAGUUAUGCUAGGUUGUUACACAAAAAGGGGGAACUGGAUGCUAAACACUAGGCGACGUGUGGACAGAACCACCUCCCUACUCCUUGUAUUUUACACAAAUGCUGAUGUGUUUGGGCAGAUUAACUUUCAGCUGAGGCCUGAUGAAAGUAGAGAUCAUCUUCAAAGACAUAACAAUAUUUAUGUUAUUCCUUACUUAGUUCUUGAAGUUGUGGAAUGCAUGACUGACAAUGUCUUUUUUUUUUUUUCAAGCAAUACCAGUACUGUUUCACUAUAGUCAGCACUGGCUAAAAUUCUUUUUAUUUUCAGAGUUGCAGUUGGUCUUCAGUUAAAGGUCAGAUCCUGAAUCUACAGUCAGUAUUUCAAAGCUUUUCUGGUAGUUUUAAUGAUUUUAUUUGAUUAGACUUUUCCAGAACUACUAAAUAAGGAAUUUUAACAGGUUUUUAUUAAUGCACAAAUAGAAGUAUAGUGAUGUCUCCAGCUGUUUUAGUAAGAUAACCUAAAACUUUGUAAUGAAAUGAAUCUUCGUAAUUAAUAUUAAGAACCCACCAAACUCAUAUUGCUAGACUUACAGAAUUAUUUUCAAUGCCUUUUAUCUUUUUUUGACAUUGUUCAUUUUUUGAAUGUGUAAGCGAGCUAAUCCUUGUUUUUGGAUUUCAAGCACUUUUAAGUAUUUUCUUGCUCCCUAAAAAUGAAAGGUUUUGAUCAUAAGGGGAAAUUUAAGGUUGUUUUGUUUUUCAGAAGGACUACUGUUAAUUGCACAUAAACAUGAAAUAGAGGGGAGGGAAGGUAGCUCAGGGAUAGUCCUUGCCUCAGAUAUGUGAGACCUGGGUUUGAUUCCCAAUACCAAAAAAUAAAGAACAAGUAAACAAGCAUGAAAAGUCCCCACACUAGGAUUCUAAUCAAAAUUCACACUUACAGAAGAAAUAUAUGAUGUAUUUGUUGAGAUAUAAAAGUUCUUAUACUUCAGUUCAUUUUACUUACUGACCAGUAAAAGAUGCAAUAACUUAUUAAAAUUUGCUUUUCUACAAUAUCAGAUUAUAAACAAAAGUUGAGUAUGGUGUCUCAUACCUGUAAUCCCAUUGUUGUGGAAGCAGAGACAGGUGGAUCACUGGGGUUUGUCACCAGUCAGCCUAGCCCAGUCAGCAAGCCCUAGGGCCCAGUGAGGAGACACUGUCUUAAAAAACAAGGUGCAUGGCUCCUGAGAAACAACCAUUAAGGUUGACCUCUGACCUCCACAUGUAUGUGCGCAAAUGUGUACCUGCACCUGCACACCUAGAAGACCUAGGUUGGGUUCUCAGCCUGCAUACACAUGAACUAGCAUUUGCCCUUGCACUUCAUUCUUUUGUUGUCUGGCCUACAGUAAAGUAUGAUGAUCCACAGACAUUUUAAAAUGGAGUUAAAGGGAAGUUAUACACACCCAUGGACAUUAGCAUGGGGAAAUAAAUCUACAAAUACUCCUAGCAAAGUUUCAUAUUUGAUAUUUUAGAAAUCUUUACAAAUGAAGACCAUAAAAUUACCUGCCUUAGUUCCUUUGUCAUAAAAAAAUAGUCACUUGGUUAUAUGGUAGUAAUUCUACACAGCAAAAACUUCAGUUAGCAGCCUAGACAUUUCUCAAUUUUGAACCAAUUGAUAUUUCUGACUGUAUUAACAUUUUAGUGUUAUAAAAUACUAUGUGAAUCUCUUAAAAUUCUGAUAUUCCACAGUCUGUAUUAGACAUGCUAUUUUUUAUUUUUAUAAUGUUUUACUUCUGCCUUAAGAUUUAGUUUUUUUUAAAAUGUAUUUUGCCCUGAAUUAUUAAUUUGAUGGGAAUUCUGCUUUGAAAAAAAUCAUCACUUACUGGGUUCUAAUAAAUUAGAAGUUAAACUUG